AGCAGAAUGAGCUCAAGGGCAGGUUCAUCACUGAUCUUAAAGGGAGGGGUGUGUUCAGCUGUACUGACUUUGAGAAAGGAGAUUUCCUGCUGGAAUACUGAGGAGACCUCAUCAGCAAAGAAGAAUGUGAGCGGAGGCCAUGCACUUCAAGUUUUCAUGUUUGAGUUUGGCUACAAUGGAAAACUCCUCUGUGUCGAUGCAGCUCGAGGUGACGGUUCUCUUGGGCGGCUUGUAAACGAUGACCAUAUUAACCCAAACAGCAGGAUUAAGACGAUUCGUGUGGAUGGAAAACCUCACUUAUGUUUAUUUGCUACAAGGAGCAUCUGUCCUGGUGAAGAGAUCCCAUACGAUUAUGGUGAUUCUGAUUGGCCAUGGAGAUGCACGACUUUUCUAUAGUGUGCUUGAACCGUCCACUGUUGAAGUCAACACUCUGUCCCAGUCAGAAGACACAGACGUAUAGAAGGUGACUCUGAAGAAGGACCGGUUACUAUUGGAUGAUCCGGACUGUGUUGAGUAG